CAUUACUCUGUAAUGCAAGCCAAACCGUAUACUACUGAUUACAUCAACGAAAUUUCACGUUCAGUAGUUUCCCAAUGUGAUAAAAAAUUUGUUAUCUGUAUCUAAGCGCGGUUACACAUCCCACUUGGGGCAUUUUAAACUUCCCGCCCGCAGAGAAGUGCUGCCAUCUAGUAAAUAAUAAGACCAUUCCGCAUGUGCCAAAAAAUUUUGAAAAUUUGUGCACUAUUUUUUGAAUAAACAAAAGGCUCUUACGCUUACCUUACGUGUGUUGUGCCUUGCAGUGCCUGGUCUCAAGUACGAAUUCGUGCUCUAAGCACAUCAACAAGGCUAGAUUGAUUUACGCUUGCGCUUGCAAGAUUUCAAUGGAAUGUAAAUGGCAAGAAAGCAACCCUUUGCUAACAGCAAUAAAUCUUCAACCAUCAGACCGAAUUGUGUCCACCUUCGAACAAGGUCUUUCAGAUGCCAAUUUCAUCACAACCAACUUGAUGAAAAAAAUCUUCAGCGAAGAUGGCAAAAUAUGCCUGCUCAUCUUACACAACACAAUCGGUCACUAUCACAAUGUUUUAAAAUGUUUGGGGCACGAUUUAAUGCAAAAGCUGAAAGACGGUCACGCCACCACCAUCGAACCCUUGAAAAACAUCACAGAUUUUCUAACAAGUGACAAAGAGACCUUGGUUAAACAUCUCUUUCUGGCCAUUCGUGACAAAAUGAACAAGCUACUCGUUUCCCAUCCAAACGGCCGAGUUUAUCUUAUAAUAGACGAUCUCAGUCACCUACUUGAUUUAGAUGUGGAUGUUAAGUAUAUGACGAGCUUUAUAAAUUAUUGCAUAAAUCUGGUGCAAAACGAUCGGGUGCAUGUUAUAGUGAGCUACCACAUUGCCAAUGCAAACGACAAAGUGAUAAGCAACUGUCUGCGUUACGUUUCUAAUCUUGUCAUCGAUAUAUCUCCCUUAAAAACUGGGAUUAGUCACGAUGUCACUGGGAUAAUCUCCAUUGAAAGGAGACAUUCGACCGAUGUCGCCCUGAGGAAAAGUGUUUUACAUUAUAAGGCAUAUGAUAGGGAAAUUAAAACUUUCGCUCCUGGUGAAGCAAUUUACCAUUUAUAUAAAUAAGUUUAGUAUCAUUUUGUAACCGUUUGUAUUUAUCAACCAAUGUUGUAAGUACAUACUUUUAACGUAGUUAUUAAAUCCAGUCUUGAUGUUUUCAAUGUAAAUUUUUGUGUUGCUGGAUCUGUCAGAGAAGAGGAAAAGUUGUUUUCUAAUUUUUUCAAAUUACAAAGAGUAGGUAUUUGACUUGUAAAACUGCAAUUCUUUCCUCCAUUCAUUCUGAGAUUGCUAUACUAAAUAUUCGCAAAAACUUGCCCUGUAUAGUGUGGAAACGGUUUACUGACCAUAGUGAUUUCAAUGCUAAUUUCUUUAUAACGAAAUAUCUUGCCUAAUUAAGUUAGACGAAAGUUGUAAAUAUGGUUUCUUGUAGCUUGAAAAAUUCUUUGCUGCUCGUCGUAUAUUUCAAUUCGGGAAACUGGAGAAAUAAGUAAAUUGGAAUCUAGUGUUUGCGUAAAAAUUGAAUUUUUGUUUCAAUAAUUUCACACGAGUGAUUUUACUAAAAUCACUCGGGCCGUGAAAUCAUUGAAACAAAAAUUAGAUUUAUAAUUAUAUACUUAUCUCUGCACUCUUUAAGUGUUUCCCAUGAUAAUUGGUCAUGAGAAUUUAAUAAUUUGUUAUGUAAUAAAUAAAAGUUUAUUUUGCCUCUAGUUGCCCACAAUCACACACAAAUAACACUGAAUAUAAAUCAAAAUAACAUUACCGAUUUAUAAGAUUCUUACAAAAACAUAAUUUAAAUUUAAUCUAUUAGUUACACACACUACCUAUAUUCACAUUAUUAUUAGCAUCUGCGAUUCUCCUAAAGCUUAUACAGUGUUAACAUUUAUUAAUAUAAAGUUUGAAAGUAUGAUGAUCAUUCUCGAAACAAUUUAUAAAGUAUCUGGUUGGUGGUUACUCAUCACCUUUAAGAUUGUAUAGGUACACACUAAGUAUUGUAUUAUCAAUGCUACACUCGAUGCUACAAGUAAAAAAUUAUUACUCAUAGAAUCAAUGUCAUCACUUAUACCAUUGUAGGUAUAUGUGUUAAAGAUAUAAACAACACAUUAUUUUUGCGGUUCAUUUGGAAACUGUCGCGCGUACUUACAUUUCUACUUUCAAAACAAGUAGGUACGAUGUACGAUAUGCUUUAAUUUCUGUAGGAUUUACAAACAUAAAGGAAACAUAUGCGUAUGCUGUAAUAUUUCAAUCUAAACCACAACAAAAUAGCAUGAUAGAGUAUCAAGCAAGAGUGGAACUAGCUGAACGGUAGGCUCUAGGCUUAAAGGCCCCAUACACGGACUAGAAAAAAAUUCAAAGAGCUGUAACUUUUGAACUAGUAGCCCAAUCUUAGAACUGUUUCAAAUUAUGGAUUCUACAGGCCACAUUCU